UUCCAAUUGUCCUUUUCUUAUCGUCUUGUAAAAUACUCUUAAAAAACAAACUUGCUUUCUUUUUAAACGAUCUGGCUAACUCUCAAGAAGUUCUGGAGGAUUCCAGUAUAAACAAGAGCGUGGUGCUCCAGCUAUACCAUGCCCUAAGCUCUCGUGACGUCACCACUGUGCACAAGCUAUUAGCACCUGACCUUGAAUGGUGGUUCCAUGGCCCUCCUUCUCACCAGUAUAUGAUGCGCUUGCUUACUGGCACAGCAAAUACUGAAGAAUCCUUUGAAUUCGUUCCUCUUUCUAUUGACGCCUUUGGAUCAACUGUUAUUGUUGAAGGCUGUGAUCAGGUCCGUGAUAUCUACUGGAUUCACGCCUGGACUGUUAACUCCUAUGGUGUUAUCACUCAGGUGCGGGAGUAUUUCAAUACUUCGCUGACUGUAACUCGAUUCGGUAGCGAGGCUGUAAAAUCUGCAGCGAUUAAAUCGCUCCAUUGUCCUUCCCUUUGGGAAAGCACCUUGUCAAACCGGGUCGGGAAAUCGGUUCCGGGUUUGGUACUUGCAAUAUAAGAAAAGGACGAUCGGGUCCGGGUCUCUUGUUUGGUACUUUUAUCUUUACUACAAGUAAAGUUAUCGUGUUGGUUGAAUAAAAGAAUAAAGUCAAAGUUGAAGGGUGCAAUUUCCUAUGGGUUGAAGUACCGUGGUGUCUUACGUGUCUGUUUAGGAUGUAAGAUGUGCGGCUGAGAUUCGCGGGGACUGUUUGGUUACGUCUUUUGAUUUGGUCGGUUGUUUGUUUGGUUUUCUGUUUGUGUGUUUUUUCUUCGUGUGUAUUGGUAUUUCAGUAUUUGUAUUUGUAAACUGUAAUCCAAGAUGGGAAUAUGUUCCUAUUCUUGGUUAUUUUCAGCUUUUUCUUUAAUAAAAUUGUUUUAUAUUGAUCUUA